AAAAACAAAUGAACGUCAAUAGUUAAAAAAGACCAUCUAAAAUAUUAAAUUAUGAAGAUACUCGGGUUUAAAAAGAUAAAUCCACCACCGUGUAUGGAUAAUUGAGUAUUGGAGAUCAUCCAAAUUCAAAAAUAAAGCUUAUUAUGCGAACAUUUUUCGGUAAUCCCGAAACUGAAGUAUUUUGCGUAAAAUUUGAUUAAGAUGAUUAAUUUAUAGCAGCUGGGUGUUCAGAUGGAAGUAUUAAAAUUUUCAAUUUAUAAUCAGGAAAGCUUGAACAUAAUUUACAAGGUUCAUCAGGUGCAUCUUAAACUCCCACCACAUGCAUUAGAUGGCGCCCUGCUAUUCACAACAAAACAAAAUAAGUCCUCGUAUCUGUCAAUUCAGACGGUUCAAUAUUGCAUUGGCACGCUCCUACAGGGAAAUAAAUCCACAGAUUGAUUGAUUAAAAUAACAGUAUAAUGUGUUUAGAUUACAACAACGAUGGUUCCAUGUUUGUUACUGGUGGAAAAGAUUUUCAUGUAAAAGUUUAUGACGAGGAUACAAAAAGUGUUUCGAUUGAUUUUGGGCCGGCAGAUUGGAAUUGGCCAGGACAUUCGAAUAGAGUUUUUUCGGUAAAGUUUUUAUAAAAUGAUUCCAAUCUGAUCUUAUCUGGAGGAUGGGAUUCAAGUGUACAUUUAUGGGAUAUUAGAGAGAAAAAAAGCGUUUAGACACUUUUUGGACCUAAUUGUAGUGGAGAUUCAAUAGAUUUUAAAAAUGGAAUGAUUUUAUCAGGUUCUUAUAGAAAUGAUAAUUAACUUUAAUUAUGGGAUAUUAAGACUAUGAAGUUGUUUAAAAAUAUCGAAUGGGUCCCUAAUUAAAAUAAUUUAUAAGUUUAUAUUUAUUCCGCAUAAUUUAGUAAAAUUAACAAUGAUACUAUUUUAGCAGGAAGUAGUGGAAUUAAUGAAUUGAAAGUUUUUGAUUGUAAUAAUAAUUAUGUUCCUUGUUCUAGUGUUGUUGGUUUGAAAUAAGGUAUCUAUGCAGUUGAUUAUGGAAAUGUUUCUAAUAAAUUAUCUUUUGGAGGGGGAGAAGGUGUAGUUUAUAUUUUAACAUUAUAAAAUGUUUAAUGAAUUAUAUUAUCAUUAAAAUUAAUAUACAGUUUUAUUUUUUAUAUGUAAAGUAAUUUAUUAAAUAAAUUAUUUGAAAUAUAUGUAUAUAAUAUAUUAAUUUUUUUAUAAAAAUAAAUUUUAGAAUAU